AUUUCCUCAUUCAACUUGAUACUUUUUUUAAUUUUUUACUAGAAAUUAAAUUGUUAAAGUCGUACAUGCAAUUUCGAACGUUCGCCGCAGACAGAUAAUGGCGAGUUUCAAACCGUACAUGUUGUCCAUGCUGAUGAUGCUUGGACUCUCCAUGACCUCUCUCGCCGUACCUAUUGAUGACAUGUGCUCACCAUGUGUAUGUGUUUCGAGCGAAGAACGAGGUUUGUACAGAGUAGAUUGUAGAUUUAAUACAAAACUUGAAGGGAGAUUGCCACAGUUCAAGUACAUAAAGGAAAGCCAGAUUAGAUCUCUGAACAUGUCGGUAACAAGCCUAUAUAAUUUGAAGAAUAAAACACAAACACCUUUUGAAAAUUACAGCAGUUUACAAGAACUGGAUUUGUACAACACUUCAAUUAAUCUGUUGAAGAACAACAGUGCAACAGUCAACAGCGAAACGUUCAAAAAACUGGAAACGCUGGAGGUUCUAAAUAUCGCCCAUAACGAACAGUUCCCAGUCACCAGUGAAACCGAUAGUAACGUUUUCGUACGUUUAACAUCUCUGACAAAACUGUUCGUGUAUCAAAACAAUUUGAUACCAAGCGGUAAUAUAAGUUAUCCAGGUCAAAUCUUGAAGCAGAUUUCAACAUUAGAAGAAUUAUGGAUUGAUGGAUUUUCGGUUGUUCCCUUUGGAACGGAAUUUCAGAAUAUGCCAAACUUAACAGUUAUUCGAAUAUCAGGUGACUUAAUCAGGCCAAUAUGGCAUGACCGAGAUUUCUGUUCUAUGCAAACUAUCAAUGACAACACAUUUGCGAACUUGCUGUAUGUCAGAAAUUUAUCAAUCCUUAACUGUGGUGUGACCGAAAUUUCGAGAAAUGCCUUCAGUAACAUGGAGCAUCUUCGAAUGCUAGAUUUGUCUAUGAAUAAUGAGUUGGACAUUGACCAUCUUGACGGCUUGAGAAGUCUUAAUUCAGUAUUAGAAGUUCUCAUUAUGGACAGUCUACAUAACCCGAACAAAUUAGAAUGUCCAACCAAAAUUAUGAAAUCGAAUGUUGAAUUAAUUCAACAUAUAAAAGCUCUCAAAAUGGUUUCAUUAGAUAAUAACAAGAUAUCAGAAAUUGACAAAGAUGCGUUUGAAAUAAUUCCAGAAACCCUAGAACAUCUAAGAGCUAGACGAAAUAAAUUUGAGCUAGGAUAUUAUCUGCUCUAUGCAUAUCGGAUGAAAAAUUUAAGAAAGCUUGAGGCUUCAUUUAGCCACAUGGAUCUCCAGUUUUUUGUUUUGAAUGACAACUUAGAGUUUGAACAUCCUCAAAUGCAUCUAUAUAAUAACACAUUGACCCAUAAAUAUGCAAAUUCUUUAUUUCAUUCUAAUGAAAACAAUACCCAUACAGUCCAAAUUAAGGACUCCGACUGCCCAAAAUCGCUGUUAUACUUUGUUCCACCUGUUGUAAAUACAGCUUUUCUUCCACCCAAACUGGAAUACAUCGAUAUUAGUCACAGUAAGAUAGGAUUUCCAAUAUAUGAUUUCUAUAUCGAGUCAAACAACUCACUUAAAACAGUCAUUGCUUCUUAUUCGCUGUUGUACUGCUGGGAAGGCCCAGUGCAUGGUGUACAACAUAUUGAAAUUAUUGAUCUCAGUAACAACUUUUGUUCAAAUGUAAAUGAAAAUUUCUUUACCAGCACUCCGAAACUGAAACGUUUACAUCUCCAACGAAAUUACCUGUAUUUUGUUGUUGCAUAUAAAAAGAUUUUUCAGUCAAACAGCGAACUUGAAUAUAUUGACUUAUCAAUUAACCGAAUCAAUAAAAUCCAUCAAAAACUUUUUACAAAUCAGACCAAAAUGAAAUGGAUGAAUUUAUCAACCAAUAAUUUAAUGGGCUUUGAUUAUACUAUAUCUCACAUGCUAUUACUGCAAGUAUUAAAUCUAUCAGAUAAUCGAAUUACGACACUUAGUAAACAGCUGCGUUCUCAACUUGAAGGCAUUGUAUCAUCCAGAAAAGACAUUACUUUGACAGUGGAUCUGACUAAUAAUGCCAUAAGCUGUUCAUGUGACAACCUAGAUGUAUUAGAGUGGAUCCUUGAACACACACUCCCAACUGCAAAGUGUUUGAUUGUGAUAAUAUCGUCAUGCUAUUACACUCAUAAUGUCUCCUCAACUCAUCCUUUACCUGUAUUGAUCAGUACCAAGGCUGAUUUGUUCUUCCAAGUGUCCUUCCUGCAAAAGUUCUGUCCGUCAUACACACCCCUCCUUAUUUCAUUAAUUGUCUCACUCUUUUUCAUCUUCAAUAUCAUCAUUGGUGCUAUUAUACAUCGGUUUCGAUGGAAGAUAAGGUACUGGUACUAUGUUGAAAAUAACAAAGAGGUUAGUUUUAAUGGCUACACAUCUAUCGAAGGUUCGUUACGAUUUCAACGAUUCAAAUACGAUAUCUACCUGGUUUACGAGGAAAACGCUCGUGAAUUUGUGUUGGAAAAUCUGAGACCAAAACUCGUAGAAUUGGGAUAUGUUGUAUUUGUACAUGACGACAUUCUAGAAGGACUACCGCUUUGCAACGUUCUGACAAAAUCUAUCCAUGCGAGUCGCGUUGUUGUGUUUUUACUUUCAAAGGGUUCCAGACAAAGUUUAGAAUGGAAGAUAGCUGCACAUAUGACGAAUGAAGAAUCAAACCACAGAGGAAAACCUAUAUCCUUGGCGAUGUUCUACGAUUCCAACUCAACACGAGGACUCCCGGAGGGUUUACAGCUCCUUCGACGGGAUGCGUUCAUCGAUUACCCUUGCUACGGAAGUGAAGAUGAAUUUACCGCCUUUUUUGAGGACUUCAAAGCUAAAGUUAAUAAUAUUUUAAAUACCAAAGUGUGAACUCAUGCAUUUUGUGUCUGCAAAAUAUAUUAUUAAAGUGUUGAUCUUGAUAGUUUUUUUUUGGAAUAUUUAGUAUAGCCCAUUUCCAUUCAUGUGGUUGUACAAUUGUUGUCAUUUUGUUUUCUUUGCUGAAAGUUUUAUUUUAAAUAUUGAUGUUUGUUACCUGUUUAUAAUUUUGUUUGGAUGCCAUGAUGUCUCAUAAUCUGAUUAUGACUUUUUAUUAUAUGUUGAACUGAUAAAUCUUAUAGUGAUAACUGACCAGUUCUGUAGGGCUUGAGAAGGUUUUUACUGUCGCCUUGGAAACAUGAACGACAAUUAUUUAGAUUGUACAAAUGCCAACACUUGAUUUACUGGUAUUGUUUCAACAAGCACUAUUAAAGUAUACUGAUAACUUUGUUUCGUGCGGAAAGAGGCGCUGAUUUGUUUAAAAACAUGCAUUGCUCGUUGUUUAACAUGUAUUUUCAUUAAAAAUUGUAUCCAUACAAAUGUUUAUCUAAACUGUAAUCUGUAAAAGUUCAUGCGGUUUAUGAUCACGUUAUAUAAAGUUUAAACAAUGUUG